AUGGCUGAAGUGCCCUUGGGUGCGGUCUUUGUAUUAACCAGUCUGGUAUUAUUCCAGACAGUCUCCACUUGCCCCAAGGAGUGUUCGUGUGACACUAAUGCCAAAGUGGUGGAUUGCAGAGGACGAGGAUUAUAUGAUAUUCCACGUAAACUUCAUCAAGAUACCCUGGAGUUGUAUCUCCAAAAUAACCAUCUCCGAGGCCUGGGCUCUAUGUCCUUUCAAGAGACACCACAACUUCAAAUUCUGGACCUAACGAAUAAUUCAAUCACAACACUUUCCCCAAGUUCCCUUUUGGGACUUAAAAGCUUAAGGGUCCUCAGCCUGGCAAAUAACUCUAUUCGGGAAGUUGAUCGACGCCUUUUGGUUUCAAUUAAAAAUCUUACCAUAUUGGACUUGUCCUUUAACACCAUAGGUGGUCUACCUGGAGGACUUGCUGAUAGUUUCCACUUUCUGACCCAUCUGUCACUCCAUUACAAUCGGCUUACUAAGCUGGACCGUAUACACCUGGAAGCUCUUGGUAAACUUAAAGUUCUACAGCUGAAAGGAAAUCCUUGGAAAUGUGACUGUCAUCUGAUAGGACUUAAACUAUGGUUGGAGACAUUUGCCUUCAAAGGUGGAGUGGUCGACAGCGUCACAUGCAUCCAACCUCAUCUUAUGCUGGAGCGGGACCUCCGGCACAUUCCCUAUGAGCUUUUCCAAUCCUGCAUGAUCACCAGCUACAGCUACCUGUUCGCCAACAUCCACUACCUGGACAAUAAGCAUCGCAUGCUCAGCGGACAACUCCAUCCAAGCCCCAAAGCACCAUCUGGGGGUGAUUUCAGCCCCUCAGGAGAAGCAAUAUUCCCUGAGUGUGAGGCCAAGCAGAGAUCCCGGCCUGUGAACUACAGACACGCUAUAGCCACAGUUGUCAUAACGGGAAUAGUUUGUGGAAUUGUGUGUUUGAUGAUGUUGGCAGCAGCUGUCUAUGGAUGUGCAUAUGCAGCAAUUAAUGCCAAGUAUCAAAGGGAGCUGAAGAAGAAAGCAAAAGAGGCGGGUUCAGGAGACAAGCAGAAAAAUAUUGAAAGAGAGGAGCACAAGAAACCUCUGGAGUAAUGCGAAGAUCAGCAUCAUAUGAUGCACAUGAAGUGCAAAUACACAGCAAGAAUACACAACAGAUACGGUUGUGUAUCUACAAAGUUCGGGCAAGUCUGUGUACUUGGCAGCCAUACU